CAACUGCAGAGCUGCAGCGACCAAGCGGACGACGCGAGAGAGAUGAGGGCGGUGGUGAUCACGCGCGGCGGCGGCGGCCCGGAGGUGCUGGAGGCGCAGGAGGUAGAGGACCCCGCGCCGCUGGGCGACGGCGAGGUCCUCCUCCAGGUGGUCGCCGCGGGCGUCAACCGCGCCGACACGCUCCAGCGCCACGGCCGCCACCCGCCGCCCGCCGGCGCCCCCCCGUACCCGGGGCUCGAGUGCUCCGGCACCAUCCUCGCGCUCGGCCCCAACGCCCCACCACGGUGGGCCGUCGGCGACAAGGUCUGCGCGCUGCUUAGCGGCGGCGGGUACGCCGAGAAGGUGGUGGUGCCGGCGGGACAGCUGCUGCCGGUGCCGGAGGGCGUGUCCCUUGCGGACGCGGCCGGCUUACCCGAGGUGGCAUGCACCGUCUGGUCCACCGUCUUCAUGAAGUCAUGACCAGCCACCUCUCCCCCGGAGAAUCGUUCCUUAUACAUGGGGGAUCAAGUGGAAUUGGUACGUUCGCUAUACAGAUUGCGAAGCACCUCGGAAUUAUGGUUUUUGUCACAGCAGGAACUGAAGAAAAAUUAGCGGCCUGCAAAGGUUUGGGUGCCGAUGUAUGCAUAAACUACAAAACCGAAGAUUUUGUUGAGCGUGUCAAACAGGAAACAAAUGGGAAAGGUGUUGAUGUAAUCCUUGACAACAUCGGAGGACCAUAUCUCGAGCGCAAUCUGAACAGCCUAGGUGUUGAUGGUAGACUUUUCAUCAUCGGCUUCCAAGGCGGCGCUGUAGCUGAAGUGAACCUGCAAGCGGUGUUUGCGUGGCGUUUAACCAUACAAGCUGCUGGACUGCGCGGCAGAAGCGCUGCUAGUAAAACCCAGAUCGUCAGUGAGGUGGAGAAGAACGUGUGGCCCGCCGUCGCUGCUGGCAAGGUGAACCCGGUGAUCUACAAGACAUUCCCGUUAUCCGAAGCAGCUGAUGCUCAUCGGUUGAUCGAAUCUAGCAUGCACAUUGGCAAAAUACUGCUGCUCCCAUGACUCCAUGUCCAGUGUCUGCUGUCAAACUCUUGGAGAGAGUCAGCUAAAGCGAGCUACAAACUCCUGUAACGACCUCUAAACAUACUACUAUCAUGUACUGGUGUGUAGCAUGCCUUUCUAUAUUUUGUUAGUUCGAUCCUUGAUACUGCCGAUGAAACUGUUCUGUGAACCGUGGUGCACAGUAAUACAUUAUGGUUGGUUGCUAC